AAACUGUUUAUCUAUUAAAUUGUUCUGAUUCAGGUUGUAUUGCUUUGAGCAGAGACAUUUGUAGUUGCAGGAUAGAACUUAAAGGAAACAGAAGUGAAGAUGUUUGCAGUGCACUUGCUCUCUUUCUAUUUCUCCAAGCUGCAGGAGGACCAAAUCAAGAAGGUGGACAGGUUCCUGUAUGCCAUGCGUCUCUCCGAUGACCAGUUAGUGGACAUUUCAGCUCGCUUUCGUGCGGGGAUGGAAAAAGGACUGUCUAGUGAAAGCAACGCUACAGCCACGGUCAAGAUGCUGCCCACGCAUGUCCUCUCAACCCCUGAUGGAUCAGAGAAGGGAGAGUUCCUGGCGUUAGAUCUGGGUGGCUCCAAGUUUAAAGUGCUCCAGGUGAAGGUGUCUGAGAAUGGGAAGAGAAGGGUGGAGAUGGAGAGUGAGACGUACCCUAUCCCAGUGGAACUCCUGAACGGUAGAGGGACUGAGAUGUUUGACCAUGUUGCAGAGUCUCUGAAAGACUUCAUGCAAAAAAAGCACAUCAACCAGAAGAGAGAACCUUUGGGCUUCACCUUCUCUUUCCCUUGUGGACAGUCCAAAAUAGAUGAGGGAGUGCUGUUGUCAUGGUCAAAGAACUACAAGGCCAGAGGAGUCCUGGGGACCAAUGUGGUGCAAUCCUUGAGACAGGCCAUUGACAGAGUCGGGGGAAUCGAUGUGGAUGUCCUAGCCCUUGUUAAUGACACAGUGGGAACCAUGAUGACCUGUGGCUAUGACGACCAGCGUUGUGAAGUGGGGGUCAUCAUAGGCACAGGUACUAAUGCUUGUUACAUGGAGGAGCUGAGGCACAUUGACCUGGUGGAGGGAGACGAGGGCCGGAUGUGCAUCAACACAGAGUGGGGAGCCUUUGGGGACGAUGGGGCACUCAAUGACUUCAUUACACACUUUGACCGAGAGAUUGAUGCUGCCUCCACCAACCCAGGGAAGCAACUGUUUGAGAAGAUGGUGAGUGGGAUGUACAUGGGGGAGUUGGUGAGACUCAUUCUGUUAAAGAUGGCCAAGAAGGGACUACUGUUUGAUGGCAGAGUUUCCGAUGCUCUACGCACCAAAGGGACAUUUCAGACCAAACACAUCACUUUAAUUGAACAGUACAAAGACGGGCUGAAGAACACCAGGGAAAUCCUCACGGAGCUUGGCCUGUCCCCCUCAGCAGACGAUUGCCUUGCCGUCCAACACGUCUCCACCAUCGUGUCCUUCAGGUCGGCUAACCUCUGCGCCGCCGCGCUGGCUGCCAUCCUCACCCGCAUCCGCGAGAACAGGAAGCUGAAGAGCCUGCGGAUCACUGUUGGGGUUGACGGGACUGUCUACAGAACACAUCCACAGUACCCCAAGAGGCUCCACAAGGUGGUGCGCCAGCUGGUGCCAGAGUGCCACGUGCGCUUUGUGCUGUCUGAGAGUGGUAGCAGUAAGGGGGCUGCCAUGGUAACAGCGGUGGCUCAGAGGCUGGCGGCCCAGAGGAGGGAGAUCAGCGACACUCUUGCUCUCCUCAGCCUGAGUCCAGAGAACCUCCAGCAGGUCAAGGACAAGAUGAGAGUGGAGCUAGAGAGAGGCCUUAGGAAGGAUUCCCACAGCAUGGCCUCUGUUAAAAUGCUGCCCUCCUUCGUGUACAGGACACCUGAUGGGACAGAGCGAGGAAAGUACUUGGCUUUGGACCUGGGAGGAACUAACUUCCGGGUGCUGGUGGUGAAGAUCCGGAGUGGAAUACGCAAGUCUGUUCGCAUGUACAACAAGAUCUACUCCAUCCCUCUGGAGAUCAUGCAGGGCACAGGAGAGGAGCUGUUCGACCACAUUGUCCAGUGCAUCUCAGAUUUCCUGGACUACAUGGGGAUGAAGAAUACUCGUCUCCCGCUAGGUUUCACCUUUUCUUUCCCCUGCAGACAGACAGGAAUCGAUAAGGGAAGUUUGGUUAGCUGGACCAAAGGGUUCAAAGCCACAGACUGUGAAGGAAAUGAUGUUGUGGAAAUGCUCCGAGAGGCUAUCAAAAGACGGAAUGAAUUUGAUCUUGACAUUGUUGCCGUGGUGAAUGACACAGUGGGCACAAUGAUGACGUGUGCAUAUGAAGACCCCAAGUGUGAGAUAGGACUCAUUGCUGGGACGGGGAGUAACGUGUGCUACAUGGAGGAGAUGAGGAACAUUGAGAUGGUGGAGGGGGACGAGGGACAGAUGUGUGUGAACACAGAGUGGGGUGGUUUUGGCGAGAAUGACUGCAUAGAGGACAUCCGGACCAGGUUUGACAGAGAAGUAGAUGAGGGGUCAUUGAACAACGGCAAACAAAGGUUUGAGAAGAUGACCAGCGGUAUGUACUUGGGGGAGAUAGUGAGGCAGAUUCUCAUCGACCUAACCAGGAGAGGUCUUCUGUUCCGAGGCCACAUCACAGAGCCUCUGAAGACCAGGGGCAUCUUCGAGACCAAGUUCCUGUCCCAAAUCGAGAGUGACCGGUUGGCGCUACUGCAGGUGAGGUCCAUCCUGCAGCAGCUGGGUCUGGACAGCACAUGUGAUGACAGUAUCAUCGUCAAGGAGGUGUGUGGUACAGUGUCUCGCAGGGCGGCUCAGCUUUGUGGAGCCGGAAUGGCCGCCAUCGUUGACAAAAUCCGAGAGAACCGUGGGCAGAACCAAAUGAACAUCACCGUGGGGGUGGAUGGAACACUCUACAAGCUGCAUCCACACUUUUCCAGAAUCCUCAAGGACACGGUCAAGGCUCUGGCGCCACAGUGUGACGUGGAGUUUGUCCUAUCAGAAGAUGGCAGUGGCAAAGGGGCCGCCCUCAUCACAGCUGUGGCACGUGGAGGGACAUAACACUAGAUUGGACCUCGUGUAUGCAGUUUUUGUGCCAAUCACACAAAGGAAUUUGGAACCUUAUGGUUCUCCCUCAUCGUCAUCUGCCAUUGUAAAUGUAAUGUAAGGAAGGUGUGAUGCUGUGCAGUAUUUUCUUUGCCAUAGUACAACUGCAAUAUAAUCAAAUAGCUACUGUUAAAAUUCUGUCUGUAUUUGGAUUCUCCACCGCUACACUGCUAUACCUAUCCAGAACCUCUUGCAAAACAUUGAAUGGGUUAGGACGAAGGGGAAGGGGUAGGGAGCUGAUUGAGACUGGCUGGUACUAUCUAGAUGUGUUAUUUCAUUGUUUUGAAAGGCUCCUCAUGCUCUCAGCAGACAGGGACAGCAAUGGAAGUGGGCCAGAGCAAAUGGAAUGGAUCAGACUGGAAUGUCAUAACAACACUAUUCAGCAUUGUGAUGAUCUGGUGGGUGAAGCCUGAGGGAGUUAAACUUGCAACUUUGUUCAAGCUCUCCAUAUGCAACAGAGUAUGUGUCAAAUUGUAUGAUGCUUUUUUAUUUGAGAUAUCAACAGGACAAAUUCCACUUAUAUGUAGAUAUUAGUACUGAUGGAAAUCCCCAUCUCUAUGUACAGUAUGUACCCGCUAAAGUUAACAUUUGUAUUCAAUAAGCUACUUAAAUAAUACAAUCGAAAUGCCAAGUUUGUGGAAUGUAUCCCUUCUCUGUAGAGAUUCUAGCAUGUGUUGAGAAAGACAUAUUGGCACUAUCAGUGGCUUAAAGCUGUUUCCAAAUAUAUAUUCAAUUGUCACAUCCUGUAGAAUUCAAUUACACAACCACGUUAAUUGAAUAAUUUUGAGUCAUAUCCUAGGUUACAACAUUGGAAUGUCCCCUCUUCUGUUGGCUAAAUUAAGCCCCUAGUGGGAUGAAAUGGAAGAGCUAAACCAGGGGGCAGCUGCAUGCGCAGUAGUAAAGGGAAAACCUCACUCACACUAAUCCCUCGCUGUCCUAGCAGCGAUCUAGCCUCCUGGGCUAAUGAUUCAGCUCACUUAGGAAGAAGGGCUGCUGCAUGCUGUGGGGAGCACCUCGUAAAACCAGAAUCUAAACAGCACCCCUGUGGGUAGGCAUAUAAAUACUAUGCACUGACAUACAUGCCCCCGUAAAUUAUACAGUAUAGGACGAUUAUGACUUAAAGGAUUAUGAUUGUGCCUGGCAGAUUUAAGUGUAGCCUUUUUUGCUCCUUUGGCUGAAAAUAUUUGGGUGCAUUCAUUCAGCAUUCUUGUUUGUUCUGUUGUAACAAUAAGAGCUUUCAGGCAGAACUAUCACAAGGGGAAUCAGCAUAGAUGUGUGGUUCUGAAGGACUGCAGACACACUGGGCCCAGCAAAGUAUUUGAGUCACCAUUUGAUUAUAUAAUGAAUCACCUUUUCUUAAAUCCCGGCCAAUCCUAUCUGGAGGAACAAGUCGGUAGCUCUGACUUACAUUGAGAUGACCUAAUCUUAUUGAGGAGAAGACUUUCCCUUUUCCUUCAACCAUGGAUAACAUGAAGAGAUUGAAGAGUGAGGAAGAGAGAGAUGAUGAAGAUAUUUUACCACAUCCUACUGUACGUAUCACUAUCUCUUUAGGGGAAGGGAGAUGCUAGGCUUAUAACAAAUAUGCAUUAUGGUUAGUUGAAUAAAGCAAAUUCAACUGAA